UUUUUUAAUAUAGGUAUCAUACGUGUAAAACAUCUCUAAACUGCAAUCAGUGUAUUAUUACUGACUUGCAGUGGUAUAUUUAUAGCUGUGAUAAUUAGGAAGUAUUCACUGUCUUUUAAGUGGUUUUCACUUCAGAAUUAAUGCAUAAUCAAUGAAAGAUCAUUGUAUUUAUAUCUCAUUGAUUGACAAGUUGUACCAUAAAUGCACUACUGAAAAUCAGUGUAUUUUCACUGAUUUUUUACCGAGAGAUAACUCAGAGAGAUUAUUUACUAUUUCUAAUUUCUUCCGAUGCUCGAAAUCUACAAAUUUAUCUAAUUUGUUAAGUGUAUCUGUGAAUCCGUGCUGAAAUAUAGAAACGGAAGGAAAUAGACGAAUUCUAUUAAAGAAAAGGAAACUACAUCAGCGAUGCUAACAUCCUACCGGCGCUAUCUCGACGAGAUUCGCACGAAUGUAAUUAUCAUAGUGGGGGGAGAGGGGGGAAACGUAAUCUCUCUAAAACGGCAUCAUCUCCUCGCCUCUUCCUCUCUAAUACACGGACAGGCACUAUCGCAAACAAACACACACGCAUGCACGCGAACGGCCACGCACACGCACACGCUCACGCGGUGCCGCCGCCGGUAGAGAGCAAAAUUAUUUCAGGUAGACGGUAGGAUCGGCUCGAUGCUCGCGCAAGCGUGCACGCUCGCGCACCCACGCCGGUAAUGGCAAUCAACGGUUGUUAAUUGCUCGAUGAUAAUUAGUCCACGGCGGCGCGCGAGCAACGACUGCGAUAAUGGAGCAGCACGCUUUAAUAAUUUCCGUAAUGAAUUCGAGACACCGUGUACACAGACUUUUUCUCCGUACGGUACAUCCCAUAGCAUACUUACGACUUCCUCUCGAUAUGUCAGAAAUGUUACGUGCAGAAAGUCACUCGGCAAUCGGGCUUACUGUUAAUUUCGAAGUUACGUUCUAUUUACAAUUCUGGACAGAGGGCAACGGAUUAGAGCUGAAGUUUUCUGAAUUUUUUAAAUGUUUUUUAUUCUUCAUGUUUACAUGUAUUUCUUUUUUUUGGUACUUGUGUAUCUUUUUAUCUGUCUCCUGAAAAUUAUUCCUGCAAAAUGUCUUGCAAAAAGCACCGUAAUAUCGGGGCGGAAAAUACUUGUGUAUCGGGAGAGGGUUUGUUAUAUUUUGACGGCUCGUCAAGUCGUAUGAAUGGGGAUUAAGAGCUUCUCGAAGCGAUUUUUGCGUGAGUCUGCGCCCGGAUGUUUAUUAGUAUCACUCCGAUAAAAUGUGCCGCAACUGCGCGCCGUGAAUAAGCGACGUUAGGCGUAAUUGACAGGAGCGAUGGACACUUGCGCAAAUCCUCUAUGCAUCUGCAUCUGCCGAGGCGUCGCGUAAGUAGAGCAAAGAGACGUCCUUAAGCGCGCCUCUCCGCGAGUCUUCGCGUGGAAAUGAGCUGUCAGCUGAUUUCCACAUCGUAAUUGAUUGCGAGAGAGCCGGACGCUUUUAUCAAACUGUCAUCGCUUGCGCUCUAAAGCUCCGUGAUUGAAUAAUUCGCAGUGCAAAACAUUUUCAUUUCGUACGUACGUAUUUUCACGCAUUUCUCUUUUAUACGCAUGUUAAUAUAUAAAUACGUGUAUAUUUUUACGUACGUAUGUACACGUGUGUAUACGGAUACACAUCGCGUAAUUACCGCAGUUAAUUUGUAAAGCGAAUGUGAUAUGACAAAUGAGUCAUCUGCUCGGGGGACUUCGUAAUAUGCAAAUGGCUUAUAUUGUCCCUAUUUAGGCCAACGAUAAUGAACGUAAGCUAUCGCUAUACACGGUAAUUCAAUUCUCUCCUUUCAAACAAAGGACGUUUGCAUGUACUUCGAGGAUAUAUCAAGUUACAUGUUGAGAAGUUAACGAGAUACUGCGCGUCUAUUGUCUUGAGCAGCGAAACUUGGCUAAUUUGUAAGUGCGUCGUAUCGUUAUCGUCACGUCACGUUUAUCGCCAUCGGUGCAUCGAUAAUCCUUAAUUUACGUACGCGUGCGCGGUACUGUGACAUUCUCUCUAAACUGCAACUGCAUUUACUGCGGGUGCUACCGCAUUGUCUCGUGUUACUGCAUUUAUAGAUUUUGCGAGUCAAAUGUUAUGAAUACAUAAUAGUAAUGUUUUAACAAGGUGACCAUUAGCACGAUUAUCAUCAAAAGAUGUAAAAUAAAAUGUUAUACGAAUAUGAAUAAAACGUUAAAUAAUAUUUGCAAAAAAAAAAUACGUAUAAUAUUGUCUUUAUUUAAAUUGGGAUUGUACAGUGGUUCUCAGUUAAUCGGAUUUCAUUUAAUGCUGCUAAACGCCUGCGGGAUAUGUCUCGUCUAAGAUCACAUUUCAGGGAUAUUUUAUCAAAAACACAUCAGCGAUCUGACUUGCUUAUCUGUUCUUUCCCCGUUUUCACAUUUUCAAUUUCAAGUCGAUUGAAAAGCUUUCACUUUUGACGUUUUACGUAAAAGUAUAGACAAAAGAAUUGUUUUGUUUCGCAAGUUUUUAAAAUAAUCUAAUACCUUCCUAAGAGUUUCUCUCGAUGUGGAUCAAAGUGAAAUAAGGGGAUGAAACAAGGAGAUCUAGGUCGCCAAGAAGCACCUCUUGAAAAAAGGGGGAGGGGGAGCAAGAAGAAGCCAGGCAUGCAUUUGGCCGCCCGUGGUAUCUUCCCCAAAGAAAAAAACAUCGAGCCAGGUGCGUGUCGGGGCACCAUCGGCACGGCAGGCAGGCGGCCGGGACCCGUGCCGCUUCUGCGAAGCCGUGUCGGGGAGGCUCCGGAUAGCACGCGCGCGUUGUGGCACGCGAGUCGCAGGCAGCCGACGAUGGAGCAGAUGUUCCUCUUCGUCCUCCUCCUCCUCCUCCUCUUCAUCCUCGUCCUCCUGCUCCUUCUCCGAAGAAGCUCUCUAAUAUGACGCCCCUUGCGUUUAUUUUUCCCUUUAUACGCAGGAUCUCUGGCGGCGUGUGUCUGGCUUCUACGGGCCGACGUUCUCCCCAAGGAGUUCGAGCCGAUUCGCGAAAGUACGAUUGAUAAAAAAAAUAUCGGUUUACACUCUAUUUGCACGUACGCGAUAUGUCGGCUACGUUACUUCUCCCGGGAGGUUUUAACGGUUACGUCGUACCGAGUACGUGCUUGCUCUUCUCCGGAAGCAAAUGCUUCCGGGGGCUUUCUAAUGUUUCCGUUUAGGUUUCACAACUGAUAUUUUUUUUUUUUUUUUGUAAAAGUCCGAUAUGCAAUAAAAUUGAUUCCACUUGUAGUUAACGAUGUUGAAUAUAUUCCUCCUUCUGAAAAGUUAUGUUGAUACGCUUUCUGAAUUUAUGCUUCCUUUGUGCCCAGAAAGGGUACGACUUCUACUCUCACGCGCGUAAUGUUAACUUCGAGCUGAUUUGAAAGACUACACUCUGUUAUGGAAAUGGAACGUGUAAUUCGGCGCGAGAAUGAAGAGAAUCACGAUGUGAUUAUGAUGUCGGAUAUACCUCAUUUCUGAGUUUCGUCUUUAUGUUAGGAGCAUGUUACGUUUGAAAAACGCUUUAAAAACCCGCCAAUUUGAGAAUCAGUCUUAAACACACGCGGUUACGUGCAGCUCCUGCACUUAUCCGGCCGCACUUAUAUUAUUAAGGCGCCACAGUUGUAUUGUUCAACCGUCGCAUUAUCGUAUAACAUUUAAUGGUACACGCACUGAUUGCGGCGGAGGGAAACACGGCUCGGUUUACGAGAGCGGUGCAUCUCGUGGCCGAGCGGUAUCAUCGAUUUCUCGACCGCGCUCCAAUUUUAAUUGUAUCUACGUAAUACGAUUCUCGCCGCACCGCGCGGAUACGCGCGUCACAUCAUUAUAUUUUUUUUUUACCGCAUUUUAUUAUUAUAUUACCGCAACGUUUUCUUUUUCGUUUAUCAAAUCGGGAAUCUUCGCGAAGUUCGAACGAAUCGCUUCCCGUAAUUCGCGGAAUCGCGAGAAUUGCGUUUAGUCUCCUUGACAUGUGCACUUGUCACGCGUUCAUUUGCUUAAGUUACGUCCUUACGUAAGUCAUUUAAUUGACGCUCAUUGCGUAAGAGACGCGUUCUCUCCUCCGCGGAGAGAGAAGGUUGAGUGUCACGGUCAGAUAUGCGCCGUCGUCGAUGUAUAUUUGCUAUCGCCGCGUGCGUGCACCUGCCAGAUGCACACCGGCGAGGAUACGUCGGAGAUAUACGGGCGGUUUAAUGCGCACCUUUGUGGCAGGAGAUGAAGGGGGAAGGGGGGAGAGAAGAAGACUUUUAUCUAUACCCCUCGCCCUCGAUCCACCGAACCUUUCGGGGAUUUCUUGUCCCGAUGAUUUGAAAAAGCGGGCCUCGCCAGCUGCUGCUGCUGCUGCUGCUCUUCCACCAGCAGCAGUUCGUGUUCGGUGCUCGAGGUGGCCGACACGCGAGACAGCGCGUUCCUUUCUCGCGGGAGAAGAAACAGUACCGUGAUACCACGCGCAAUCGCGUGGUGUAAUUGCGCGCAAGAGCGAGCGGGGGCCGUGUGCAUCGAGGACGGCCGUGGCGCGCACGCAACCACGCCGCAUCACAGACGAAGAUAGAUCGCGCAAUUUGAUACACGUGGAAAGUUGUCCUCGGAAGCAACAUGAUCAUCAUUUGCGUUCACCAUUUCAGGGACUUUCCGACGAAGGUGGAGAGACCCUUGGCGUCGCACGGCAGCAGCAGCAGCACGGCCGCCAGCCAGAUCCACGGCAACAGCAUGCACGGCGCGUACUCGUCCGGCAGCCAGACGUCCCUGUCGACGGCGUCGUACAUCACCGGCCAGUCCUACAUGCAGGGCCAGAAUUACGCGCACGGGCCCCCGUAUCCUGCCGCGAGUGUGCAGGUAUACUCGCACAACGCGACCGGCGGCUACUCGCAGCCGCAGAGCUACGGCACCAUGGUGCAGGGAUUCGGCGGGCAGCCGCAGUCCGCCGGGUAUCAGCAGAAUCAUCUCAAGAAGGGCUCGGUCCGUAACGGCGACGUGCUCAAGCGGUGUCGGCUGCAGACCGCAUACGAGUUGUCGCAGGAUCUGCUCGACAAGCAGAUCGAGAUGUUGGAGCGAAAAUACGGCGGCGUGAAGGCGCGAAACGCGGCGCUGACCAUUCAACGUGCCUUUCGGCGGUACACGUUGCUGAAGAAGUUCGCGGCGAUCACGGCGAUGGCCAAGGCGGAGAAGCGUUUAAGCAGGAAGCUACAGGAGGCGGCGACGGAUCGCAGCCUCAAUGAUCACGAGAGAAUGGUUUACCACAGUCAGAUAUACAUUCAGCAGGCACAGUCCGCCAACAGACCGAUGCCGAUCCGAAGCAUGUCUCUCAGGGAGAGGCGGCACGUGGACAACUCGCAGUCGCCCAUACCGAGGAGUCAGAGCGGUAGAUGCGAGGUUCAAAUCACCGGUCAUCAGCACACGAAUCACAAUUUGCAUCAGAGCGGUAGACAUACGCCCUCAUUGGCGCCCAGUCCGUGCAACCGACAUCAGCAACUACCACCGAGUCCCUGCUGGGAAUCGAGCUCCCAGGAAAGUGGCAGUAUUCAUUAUUACAAUCCACAGGAAGCUUUAUGCGGCCUGAGGCAAGAGACGCCGCCAAGAGAUCUAUUACGGACACCGUGUACAUCGCCGUCAACGCCGCAUAAUCUGCAGACGACGAUAUCACAAAAUUGGAACAACGCCAAUCAGCUCGGUCCUGGCAGAACGAGAAGUUCCGGCAAGAAGGUUCCACCGGAGGUGCCGAAAAGAACGUCCUCCAUCAGCUCGAGAUCUAUGGAACAGCGGCACAAUGGUCUCAGUAAAAGCGUGGAGAACGGAAGUCUGAGUUCGGUGCAGAGCUCCGGCAGCGAUUCCACCAAUUGCGAAAGCUCCGAGGGUGAUGCUCAAAGAGGAUCGCCCGUUUGGAAGCAUAAAGGCAUUUCGAGUUCGCCGGAACAUCAGGAAUGUGCGAGUCAUACCACGGACGCGGCGGCGAUGGCCGCUAACGUGAAAGAGCUCGGCCACUCACACGCCAGCUCCGGCUAUCAGCUUCCCCUGAUGGACCAUACGGAGAAUCUGCCGACUCAAACAAGUUACAAAGUAUCCGAAACAGUGAGGAAGAGACAAUACAGAGUCGGCCUAAAUCUUUUCAAUAAGAAGCCGGAAAGAGGGAUUAAUUAUCUUAUCAGACGUGGAUUUUUAGAGAAUAGUCCGCAAGGAGUAGCCAGAUUUUUGAUCAGUCGAAAAGGAUUGUCGAAACAGAUGAUAGGAGAGUAUCUCGGGAAUUUGCAGAAUACUUUCAAUAUGGCAGUGCUUGAAUGUUUUUCGCAAGAAUUAGAUCUCUCUGGAAUGCAAGUGGAUGUCGGUUUACGAAAGUUUCAAGCAUACUUCAGAAUGCCUGGAGAGGCACAAAAGAUCGAGCGGUUAAUGGAGGUCUUUAGCCAACGUUACUGCCAAUGUAAUCAUGACGUAAUAUCGAGGCUGCGAUCGCCAGAUACCGUUUUUGUCUUAGCUUUUGCUAUUAUCAUGCUUAAUACGGAUUUGCACACCCCUAAUCUGAAACCUGAGCGCAGAAUGAGACUUGAGGAUUUUAUAAAGAAUCUCCGAGGGAUCGAUGAUUGCGGUGACAUAGACCGGGAUAUCCUAGUUGGCAUUUACGAACGAGUGAAAGAUAACGAAUUCAAGCCGGGCUCCGACCACGUGUCGCAAGUAAUGAAGGUUCAGGCAACUAUUGUUGGAAAGAAGCCAAACAUGGCGCUGCCACAUAGAAGAUUGGUGUGUUACUGCAGGCUCUACGAGAUACCAGACAUUCACAAGAAGGAGAGACCUGGCGUUCACCAGAGAGAGGUUUUCCUCUUCAACGACUUGCUCGUUGUUACGAAGAUCCUAAGCAAGAAGAAGAACAGUGUUACUUACACUUUCAGGCAGAGUUUUACACUCUGCGGGAUGGUGGUCACGUUAUUUGAGGUUCCCCAUUAUCCAUAUGGCAUAAGACUCUCUCAGCGUGUCGACGGAAAAGUUCUAGUCACAUUUAACGCUCGAAACGAGCAUGACAGGUGUAAAUUUGUGGAAGACCUUAGAGAAUCCAUCAGCGAAAUGGAUGAGAUGGAAACUUUACGCAUCGAAACUGAACUGGAGAGACAAAAGAGCAGCAGAGGCGCGCGUGGCGGUGCGGAAAACAGAGACUCCGGUGUCGCGGAUGUGGAGAUAUGUCCUUGUCCUGGAACUUGUUCCGACAGAGUAGAAACGGUAGACGUCGACACGCAAUUGAAACGUUCAGCCCUUAGUAAUUCUCUUCUGGACAUACACGAACAGUUUGCCGGUGAGAAGCCACAGCGGCGUGGAAGCGUGGGUUCUCUAGAUAGUGGUAUGUCUAUUUCAUUUCAAUCUACUUCUGCCAGCUCAAUGAGCCAAGGCAUUAAACAUCCUGGACAAGUCCAUCCUAUUCAUCCAGGGGCUACGAUCCCUGGUGCCGGUGGUAAGGGACUGGCUCAGCAGCCGUCUUUUUUAGGAGGUCUCUUCGCCAGACGAGAACGAAAAUUAUCGCAAUCUGAAGAGUCCGGCCCUUACAGUCGUACCACGGAAGUAUAAUGCACUCUUCCAGUUACGUAAACAAGGUACACUUUUGUAUAUCAGUUUUCUUCUAGUACGCUUCGUGUUUUUAAUAAGAUAAACACUUUCGCGUUGAUGACGAGAAUUUUAAACAGCAAUAAUUAAUACCUAAUUUAUUCGUAUUAAUAAAAUUACGAUUGUAAUUUUCAUGUUUUGAUCUUGUCAUGCAGUUUUUUCUUUGGAAAAAAAAAGUAAUUUGAUACAAGCAGUAAGAUUAUUGCGAACUGUUCUAAUAGCGUACUAAUGCAAUGUUGUUGAUUUAUAUGUACACCACGAAGCGUGCUAAAAGAUUAGAGGCAGACAACGCUAAUAAGGAUGUAAAUCUAAUGGAUUGGGCAGGAUCCAAUCGAGAUCGCGUGGCGUAUUUGAAAAGAAAAAGAAAAUUUUAACCUAUUCUCCCUUCCCGAAAUCGUGUAUAGUAUUUAUUCAUAAAAAAAAUUGAUGGACACAUUUUUCAUACUGUAUUUAUAAUUUACAAGGACGCGAUAUUGAACGAUAGAAUUGUGUGUAGAUAAUAUUAUUACAUUUUUGUUUAGUUUUACAUCAUAGACAGGCGAUAACGAAUAGAAUCUAACGCAGAGAGAAUUGUAAGUCACAAGAGUUGUAAGAAAAUGAGAUACCUUAUCGAGAGUUUUUAAUAGUAAUCGUGCUAUCAGCAAGUAUUAUGAUCACAUUGAUUCGAAGAACUGUAAAUAAUAGACAUAUAACGAGUUAUCAUGUUCGAAAUGAGUUGUCACGUGUAACAAAAAGAAGUUAGCGUAAGAGAAAUGAUAAGCAAUCUCUAUCGAUGUUAGGUGCAUGUUGAUGUCUAACGAUUUUUAUUAUCGGAAACGUGAAGUUUGAAUGUAGUAAUGAAAUAAGACUUAACGUAAGACGUAAGACGUGUUUGUCAUUAUAGCGACCUAUUGAUAAUCAUUCACGAGAAGUAGUUUUUGCUUAUGUACGUUGAAAUUUUGACUCGAAGUUCGCUUUUUCAGUAAAAGAAAAAAAGAGAGAAAAGAGAAAACCAGCAUGUUAAAUAUAUCGAUUAAUUCGUUUCUCGUAUUUCCGCAGCGACAGUAGACGAUAGAUUUAAAAUGUCGAUAAUACCAUUGCGAGAGUAUAAACACGUAAGCUAAGAAACAUACGCAAAACAAAGAGAAAAAGAAGAAUAGAAAAGAACCCGCAUGCCUUACAUACUGCCAUGAUAAAAAUCUCGCGCGGCCGAGAAACGAACUAAUGUAAUCACAAUCGUAGAGAAGGAAGAUUUUUUUUCCAAAAGCUGUGGAAUUGUAUGACAAACUAAUCAUGUACAUAGCGCUGAUCGCAACAUCAGCUGGCUGUAAACAGGCAAACGGCGUUUCAUUAAUUUAAUGAUAAUCUCUCGUUAAAAUAACGCAUCUACAUAGGAGGAGUGUUUAAUACAAUGCUACUUUAAGUUUCAUUCUUAUUCGACCUACUAAUUAUUUCCUAGUAUCGAACGUAUCAGACGUUUAUAAUCAAAGGAUUUUAAUGACAUUACGAAGGCGAGAGAAAUGUUUUCGGCUACAUUUUUCACUCAGCGAUAAAUUAUGUAAUUAUCGUUAACUUAAGAUUAAAAUCCGUUGGAGGAAAACAAAAUUGCGACCGAUUAAAGAUAUUGUAUAAAAAAAAUUCUCGUGUGUGUAAGCAUUGGAAUUGUGCGCGAGUGAGAAUCUCUUGCGUGCAAAAUAAAAAAUGGUAUCUAGA